CGCUGCCACUGAGGAUGUCCGGGGGCUGAAGCCCCAGUCUGGUCUCACUCCUCAGGCCAGCAGGGGCUGGGCAAGCUGCCUCAGCCAGGGGAAAUUAGCAGAGGCCAGGCCAGGAAAGGAAUUUGUUUCCAGUACCAGAUGUGAUGUGUGCAGGGGCUGAGAAUCCAGCCAGCAGAGGCUGCGUCUUGUCUCUGCCUUUUCCAGGCAGAGGAACGGCUGGCCAGUCCUCUCGAAAAACCCCAUCCUGGUUAUUGGGUCCCCUGGGCACGGACAGCAUCUGAACCACACGGACAGCAUCUGAACCAGUCGGUGGGGCCAUACCUUGAGCACAGGAUGCGGCUGGGCUCACACAGUGGUGACUUAGCGUGCAUGGGAAGUGGAAAAAGGCCACACCAGGACAGCACUGGAUUCUGAAAUAACACAGGGCGGGCUGAGGUUCAAAACCCGCUGCAUAUCUAGGGCAAAGGGGGGUGAGCCUGCAGCCCUGCUCUCCCCCCCCCCCCAUGGAGAUAUACCUAUCUCAUGGAGCUGGAAGGGACCCUGAAAGGUCAUUGAGUCCAGCCCCCUGCCUUCAUUAGCAGGACCAAAUACUGAUUUUGCCCCAGAUCCUUAAGUGCCCCCCCUCAAGGAUUGAACUCACAACCCUGGGUUUAGCAGGCCACUGCUCAAACCACUGAGCUAUCCCUUCCCCUUCGUUUUGUCCCACAUGAGUUUGUUCUCCCUUCCUUAUAAGCCCCUUUCUGACCUCAGCAAGGCUCAGCUCUCACUGUCCUAUCCAAGGCCGGAGAGGGGCUGCUUUCUCCCUCUGGCGCGACCUGGUCUCCAAGCCACGGGGCCACACUCCGAGCUGGUGUCCGUGAUGCUGCGAUGGCGUUAAACCGGCUUUAACUCCGUGGAAGCAAGCGCCAUUGCACCAGCUCUGAAUCUGGGGGUUGGUUUGCCUAUAGGACUCAUGUCACGGGGAAGCUGCUGCUCUACAGAGCUUAACUUCUUAAGGUCCUGAGCCUGGGUGGGGGGAGUGCCUGCUGAGGCCACAGGAUCAGGCCCCAAGGAGAAUACCAGAGCCACUCCCCUGUACACAGCUGCUAAAGUAGGUCUGGUGGUUGGCUGCGCUGUGGGAGGCGGGCGGUGCGAUUGACUGUGAAGCCCUUAUGGUUUCCUGUGUGCUGACACAGAGCCUGUUUGCCUUCCCAUUGUUACUCACCCCACAACUCGAGCCUGCUUCUGUGAGAGGCCGUGGAAAUGUGCGGCAGCCGAGCUCUCUGACAGUGGGCACAGCAUUUCCACUCGCCACCCCGUCCCCGGAGCCGCGAGACCAGGGCCUCGAUGUGCCGGCCAGAAUGAUCUCCGUGUGAAGUGGAUUUCUGAAGUGGCUCCAGACCGUGCUGAAAGGAUGGCUGGGCCCCAUCUGCCCCCCUUCACUGCCGCUCUGGGACUGGCAUUGCUUGGUGUCCUGGUCUUCCUCUCAGCCCUGUGUGCUGCCUGCAGAAGGAAAGCUAGGAAGAAGGUGGUCCCACCGGAUGGGGUGAAGCUGGUAGAUGUGUCGUUGCUGAGGCAGAUGCAGCUCCGAUCGCUCAGUAAAUCUGACACCAAACUGCAUGAGCUCAACAGGGUGAAGCGCACGGACGAGCACCAAAGACCAGCCAGCGUGGAUUUCCUUUACCCAUCAGGGUCUUUGGGGGAUGGAGAAGGAGCCGUGCAUAGCUCGAGCUUCAGCAUCCUGCUGCACCGAGAGCUGCCCCAGAUCCCCAAUUCCAACCCUUCGGCUGAUGCCCUGAGUCCUGACCAGACCUACUCAAACGUGUCCUUCUUAGCCCCGCUGAAACCAGCCCCGGAGUCGCUGUACGAGUGUGCGGCCGUGACUCAGGAAGGGCCUCAACCAAUGCCCAUCUUGGGAACCCCAAUGGAGGCUUCCCCUCUAAGCGAGGAGGACAAGGCAGUGACGGCUGAGUACGCCUGUGUCCGCAAGGUGAAGAAGAAUUUCCAGCCAGAGCUCCAGGAUGAGACACAGGGCGAAUCCUCCGUGGGGCCUGCAGACCCAGAAGGCUGGGAAGGAGCUGCCUGUAACCCCGCAGCAGUGAAGGUAGAAGAAAUGUACUCGACUGUGUGCAAAGCUGGAAAGAAGAAGAAACACCAAGGCUCUGCUCUGUCCCCCUCUGAAGGAAUGGACACUGGGGAGACGGGCCAACGAGAACAGGGGUGGCCAGCCGCCCAUCUCAGACAUGUCAGGGUGGGGUAUCAGUCCACACCGGGCCGAGUCUUACUCACUGAGCCCUGCUAUGAGUCUAUCAAGGAUGGAUCCUGGACUGAGCAGGGCAGGAACCCAGCCCCAGAACCGGCCUACGAGGCAGUAGAUGUCAAUUGGAAAAAGCCCAAGAGAAGGGACAAGUCUUCCAAGAACUGCCCCACUGAGAACUUGUAUGAAAGUAUCAGUGAAAUGUGGGAAGGGGACCCUAGGAACACAGCUACCCUGGCAGCUCCCAAUGGGUUGGAGAUAUACGUAACAGACUUAUAACCCCUUAUGUAUAGCUGCCCCCUUCCUGGGAAGGUCUUUGCUCCUCCACCGAGACCUCCAGCUGUCUCAGAUCUCAGCCACAUGGCGAGGCACAACAAGAACAUCCAACACCACAACAGUAAAUACUAAAAACAUCAACCUGCUCUAAACCCUCCUGCCUCAGGUCUCAGGCCAACCUGUCACUAACGGGAGUUAAACUUUCCCUGCGGGCCACGUAUCCCCUUGCUCCUUCUGCAGAACUCCUCUGAAGCAGCUGGUGCUGGGCACGGUCCGAGGCAGUUCGCUGGGCUCGGUGGACCUAUGGUGACCUGAAAACUACAGGCAAAAGAACUGAGUAAUUCUAAUAGGUGCCCACCAGGGUUUGGCAUUGCUUAGGGGUUGUGCCCAUUCUAGGGGGCACAGACACCCAGGUCGGGUGCCUCUCUUGCCUGAGUCUUCAUGCAGGGUCCAGUGAAGCUGGCCACAGAAACCUAGUUAACUCAGCUGCCCCUUUCCUUAAUAAAGAGGA